AUGGAUCCGAGCCAGGAAGCAGGCGUCCAGAACCUUCUCCAGUCUCAACUGCUGGCCAUCCAGCAGGUGAUGUCGCUGAAUCAAGCGCUGGCCAGGCAGCUGCAAACCAGCAACGGUGCGGGCGGCGCCCCAGUGACCAGGCCGCAGGCCUCGGUCGCCUCCUCCUCGCCCCUCACGGAGCCCCUGCUGCCGCUCAGCCCUGGGGCCAGCCCCAGCAGCCUGUCGAAGGCCAACGGGCAGCCAGACCUGGAGCGCAGCCCUGGCGGAAGGCCGCAGCUGCCCACCUCCCUCUCUCGCGACUCGCUGCGCAACCAGGCGUUGCAGUUCGGCUCGCGCUGCAGGCGGGCUGCGACGAGGCUGAGCGUCGAGUCUCCGAUGAAGAGCCUCUCGAUGUCCCGGUACCUCUCGAAGCCGGUGCUGACCAAGCCGAAAGAGAUCAAGAGUCUGGCGAAGAGCGUCAUGGACAGCAUCAACAACAAGGACGUCCUCGAUCCCGAGAAGCUCUACUCCAAAAGUGGGUAUUGCCAGGCCAUCGCUCGAAGCCCCAUCUUCAAGUCUUUCACCAUGUCGAUGGUUUUGCUGAGCACUUUUUGGAUUGCCAUCGACACGGAUUACAACCAAGCUGGUGGACACGUAAACUUUUUCCGUCUCAUGGACAACUUCAUUUGUGCUUACUUCUGCUUCGAGAUCACGGUUCGCUGGAUGGCAUACAAGAACCCCCGGGAUGCCCUGUCGGACAACUCCUUCAUCUUCGACCUUUUCUUAGCGGUAUCCAUGGCGAUCGAAACUUGGGGGCUGGUGCUGCUCGCAGCUGUGGCGGGCCUUUCAUCCCAGCACCCUUCUCCAGGCAUCACGCCUUCGCUGCGGGCGCUGCGCCUGAUACGGAUCACCCGCGCCUUCCGAAUGAGCCGGAUCUUCCGCUUUGUCCCCGAGCUGAUGAUCCUUCUCCAUGGCAUGUUCCAGGCCAUCCGCUCUGUUUUGACCACGCUGCUCCUCCUCGUCCUCGUAACGUAUACCUUUGCAGUUGCCAUGACCCAGUUGCUCCAGAACAAGAGCAUUGGCGACGGGAGAUUCGACAGCGUCCCUAUAGCUACGACUUUCCUUCUGUUGCAGACACUCUGUGGCUUUGAUCAACACUUCAUGAUGGACAUGUUCAAUGCUGAUGGGCUCUCUUUCGCAUUCUUGCUGGCGUACCAGUUGGUAGGCUCCCUGACCUUGAUGAACAUGCUCAUCGGUGUCAUGGUGGACGUCGUUGGCAACACUGCGCAGAUAGAGCAAGAGGAGCAGAGCCUCAAGAAUUUGAAAAAAGACAUCGCGGAUGUCGUUAAGCUCACGGAUGAGAACGAGGAUCGAACUGUGACCGCGGUGGAGUUCAAUCACAUGAUUCAGAAUCCGGAAGCUGUGAAGAAGCUGUAUGAAGGUGGUGUCAACGUGCUGGCUCUCGUGGACUAUGCCGAUUUUGUCUUCAGGGACACAACUACGCUGAGCCUUGAAGACUUUGUCGAGACUGUGCUGCAGUUCCGUGGCUGCAGCCAGGCAACCGUCAAGGAUGUGGUUGACUUGCGUGUCUACGUCUCCAAGGAGCUCGCGAGGCUGGCGGCGGAAACAGCUCCCAUCUCGGCUGGAGUGUAA